UCCAACUGUUUCUGAUUGCUUAAAUGCAUUCGACCCUUCAGCAGACUAUUACCCUAUAGAGCAACAGAUUCAGCCUUCAAAUGAUACUGGCUUUACGGUUUCUUAUCAAAAAUAUUAUAAAAUUGUUAAUAAUACACGAACAAAUGAGGUUUUUAUUCUUUAUUGCAGCGCUUCCGUACCAAUUGUCUCUAAUGUACCCAAUGCAAAAUAUUUCCAAGUACCGGUAAAAAAUGUUGCAAGUUUGGAUCUACCUACUGUUACGUUUUUGGAGUUGAUGAAUGUUCAUUCUUCAUUAAAAUAUGUCGACAAUACUUUGAAUAUUACUUCUCCUUGUCUACAGAAGAAUAUAGCUGAUAAUACCCUUCAAAAUUUCAACUGGAAUGUUACGAAUGUUGAUAUCGUUUUUUUGGACGCUACGCAGACAAAUAAUAAUACUAAUAAAACUGUAAUCGUAAAUUUAGGUGAUGAUAUUACUCCACUUCAGAAAUUAGAAUGGAUCAAAUUCUUUUCACUUUUCUUUGAUAAGGAAGCUGCCGUUAAACAUACAAUAGAUCAAUUACUCUACGUUUACGGAUGUGAUUCCAAGAAUCUUGUUAAUAUACCUAUUGCUGAUAGAAAGACAAUCGCUUGGGUAUCUUUUGAUUCAAACGUGUUUGAAGUGAAACAUGACACAUAUCACGUCGCAUUAAUAAAGGAUGCUGGUGCUUAUCCGAUUGUUAAUUCCAGCUCUAUUGUCAAAUCAACUGAUGAUCUUCAUUUGAUCAUUAACAAUGCUACCAUUGUCAUUGAUGAAUCUCCAUCUAUUGCUAGUUUUGAUACCUGGCAACGCAAAUUUGGUUAUUAUCCAGAACAAAACAGUAGAGAUAUUCCUGAUUUUAUCACUCACAGACGUGUAUAUCGUGUGAAUAGAUUUGUGAAUUAUAAUGGAUAUUUUGACUGGUCUGAAAGUGCCGCUGCUCGUCCUGAUAUUGCUUUAAAAGAUCUGAUUGCAAUUCAGUAUCCAACAUAUGAACCUUCUUAUGACACAAGGUGGUUCCAUCAAUUUAGUGAUCCUUCAACUGUCUUAACUUCAAAUAAUUGUGUCGAUCCAAAUCAACCUCAGAGCUUUUUAACUUGCAGAGCCAAAAACUUUACUGGCGAUUCUUCUCCUAUAGGUGAUGGUUCUAAUAACAAAGACAAAUCUGAUAGUACUAGAAAAUUAUCUCCUUUGGCCGAAACAUUGAUUAUUACAUUUAGCAUUCUUGCCG